UCUCCCCGGCGACCACCGCGCAUACAACCCCACCGCACACGCCGCGACUCUACUGAUCCCUCGACGUCGCCGGCCGGCGAACCGGCACCAUGGCAUCCGCGCGCCGGGGCCGCGGCGGCGGCGGCGGCGUCAACGGCGUCGUACGCCCCCGACCCCGCGACGGCGGCGGCGGGAGCAUGGCGGGGCGCGUGGCCGUCCUCGCCUUCUGCGUCGCCGGGAUCUGGUCCGCCUACAUCUACCAGGGCGUCCUCCAGGAGACUCUGUCGACGAAGCGGUUCGGGCCGGAGGCGCGGCGGUUCGAGCACCUCGCGUUCCUCAACUUCGCGCAGAACGUCGUCUGCUUCGUCUGGUCCUUCAUAAUGAUCAAGCUGUGGUCGGGUGGGAGUAGCUCUGCCGGCCGUGCGCCGCUGUGGAAAUACUGGGGCGUCAGCGUCACAAACACCAUUGGGCCGACCAUGGGGAUCGAGGCGCUCAAGUACAUCAGCUACCCCGCUCAGGUGUUGGCCAAAUCCUCUAAGAUGAUUCCAGUAAUGCUGAUGGGGACUCUACUCUAUGGUGUGAAGUACACAUUUCCGGAAUAUCUUUGCACCUUUCUUGUAGCUGGUGGUGUAUCAUCCUUCGCAUUGUUGAAGACAAGCUCCAAGACAAUUAAGAAGCUUGCCAACCCUAAUGCACCCCUUGGCUAUGCAUUGUGCUUCCUCAACUUAGCUUUUGACGGGUACACUAACUCGACCCAGGACUUAAUAAAAUCAAGAUACCCAAAAACUAACCCAUGGGAUAUAAUGCUCGGCAUGAACCUCUGGGGGACCAUAUACAAUGCUGUAAUUAUGUUUGUUGCGCCAUUGCUGUUCAGUAAUUGGCCAUAUGCCAACGGUUUUGAGGCAGUGAGAUUUUGCCAGGAGAACCCAGAGGUGGCCUGGGACAUUUUCUUGUUCUGCCUAUGUGGUGCUGUGGGGCAGAAUUUCAUCUUCCUAACCAUCAGCCGAUUCGGCUCUCUUACUAACACAACAAUCACUACCACCCGCAAAUUCAUGAGCAUCGUGGUUUCAUCUGUCAUCAGUGGCAACCCAUUAUCUCCGAAGCAAUGGGGUAGUGUUGUGAUGGUCUUCUCUGGCCUCUCUAUCCAAAUAUAUCUCAAAUGGAAGAAAAAGAAGGGCAGAGAGCACAAGGAGUAAGCUCAAUUCUUGAACCCGUUCCAAUUUGUAACUUUGAUUGGACAAAUCUGUUGUGAGGUUGACCGGGACAUUGUCAAUGUAGCCCAUUGGAAUUAGGAAAGUUUUAGAUGGAUUAUUAUGAUAAUACUUAUGGCAAAUUGCUUAGCGCGAGCUAUUUGUAACGGCUGGUAGUUUCUGUUCUACAGGGAGGAGAUGCAACAAAUUGUGUUGCAUUGAGAGCAAAGUUGUAUGAUGACCAGUGUAUUUUUGUUCUACUCUCGGAAAAGAAAUCAGUAGAACUAAAUGACAACAUCUAGAUUUAUAAUUUUGCAGUUCA